AUGGUGCGAUUUCUCGGCAUUUUGCAAUUGAUUUUCGCAGCAAUCGCUUCGGCUCGAGUGAUUGAUGUUUCUGACGAGGAUUUCGGGGCAGCUCUUCGCCAGGACACGCCCAGCUUUGUGCUUUUCUAUUCGUGGACUCACGAUGCAGUCCCCCUGAACGGGUACUAUAGUGAUAUUUCUCGAAUCUACGAAGACGACGAGCUCAAUUUUCUGCGAAUUGACAUCACCGAAAACCCGAAGCUUGCCGAACGAUACGGUAUCUCGAAAGUGCCCUCCGUGGUGUUCAUUCGGCCCGGAUCAGAACACAAUGCCGAGGUGCUGCAGCAGACGCCGCUCAAGGCAAUUAAACGCAAGAUUCGCCACGACUUGGGCAUCGACCAUACAAACGAACACACAAAUUAUCCGUUGAAGAGGCUUUCCGAUAACAGCUUCCGUCUCGGUAUCCAGGGCAAACAUGCUCUGGUAUUGUUUGUGGGCACCUGCACGAACUGCGACCAUAUCACACAAGUAUUCCGACAGAUUGCUGCGGAUUAUAAGCAUAAUAAGGAGGUGGCAAUUUCGGAAGUUGAGUCCUCCAGAAUGGAUUCGCAAAUGCUUCCAAGCGUCUUUUCAUUGUCCAAGUAUCCCACCGUGCUGUACUUUUCUAAAGAGGGCUCUCAGAUCCCACUCAAGCCUGAGAACUACCAUGGCGAUCUUACGUAUGAAGCAUUGACCGAGUUUUUGGAGUCAAGGGGUGUGGCUCCAACGGGUCUUUUCGGCCAAGUUCCCUACAUAAUGAAGCGGUGGUUCCGGAAACUUUUCGGAACUGUGCUCCACCUGGACCUUUAG